AUGUGGCGUGCCUCGAUUUCCAAUUGCCUGAAAAGGCGUGCAGAUAAACUUUCAUUGGAUGACAGAAUAGCUGCUUCAUCUUCGUCUGCGAUCGAGAAUAAUGAUCUGGCCUUGGCUAGGAUAUGGCGAGGUCAGGAAGGUGUCCAAUAUAGUGCUGAGGUAGAACAAUCAUCAUCGACCCCAGCCAGCUAUUGGGGUCGGCCUCAUCAGAGUUGGCCUACUCAAUCCUAUUUAGAGAUUGGGAACAUCGCCAGCAUGAUCAUCGAGGUUGACAUUCUCAAGAUGAAGAACAAAUUUCUGCUUCCGUGGAGCGUGAGGAUAUUGUACUACAUUAUUUCUGUAGCUGGGAUUCGUAAAUUGAAGAAGCUGAGGUGGAGGCAGUUAGUGGCGCUAAUCGGAUGCUGA